AUGAAUUUAAAACUAUUGCCGCCCAGUCAUCCAAACACUGCUCAUUCCUGUCAUGUGUUGGGAAAUAUUUACCAUCAACAACAAGAUUACUUUAAAGCACUGCAAACACACGAGCAAGCGUUAGCUAUGUAUCGAUUCAUUUUACCGGAAAGUCAUCCGUUCAUAGCUCAUAGUUUGAAUAGCAUUGGUAAUGUUUAUCGUUGUCAAGGAGAAUAUAACAAAGCGCUUAAACUCCAUACCCAAGCAUUGAAUAUCCGUCUAGCUACACUUCCAUCGAUACAUCCGGACAUUGUCCGCAGCUACCACAAUAUUGCUAUUAUACAUAAAAAAGUUUCUCAGUAUGAACAGGCCAUCGCCUUUUGCGAAGCUGCUCAAGAGAUACGAAAACAAAGUUUAGUACCACAGUAUAUGGACAUCAAAAAUGGAGAAAAGCUUAUAUUUCACUUAAGAAAAAAGAUGUCAACACUGAACGUAAAAUAA